UUGACUCAGGCCAUGUGGAAAAGCACCUUAUAAAAUUAGAUUUCCAGGAUCUAGGCGGCAGCAAUUGCGGCCUUCAUUUAUGUCAACGCCCAACUCCAGCAGAAAAAGCCAAUGGCCUCCCUCCCCCCCCCUCGCCCACAUUGCUCAUCUCAUCUGCCAUUCAAAUUUAGUAGAUUAUCUCGUUUUUUUUUUUCCCCUAGGGUUUCUACCCAAUCAAAACGUAGUUGUCAUCACAUGGAAAACACCACAAAAAAAUACAGACAACAAAUACUGACCCGUCAUCAUAGCCAUACUGACCAUAUAUAGUAGUAGUAGCCAUACUGACCAUAUAUGCAGUAGUAGUACUCUGUUUUAGAGAGAGAGAGAGAGAGAGAGAGAGAGAGAGAGGCAAUGGAAGUGGCAGAGCAACAGCGAGAAUGGCAGAAAGAGGAGGUGGAGGAGGAGGAGGCAGCCUUGGAAGGAAGGAGGGCCAGAAAUCUCGCCGCUGGGGUCAGUGAUGCAGCUGAUGCUAGUAGUGGUGAUGAAAUGCUGCCGUUUUCGGAUCCGGUCAGUGAAUCGGAAGAAGUAGAGUAUCGACGAGAGGAGCUGCACUACAGUAAUAACGGGAAUAGCGAAGAGCGGAACGGGGUCGAAUUACGGAAAACAACGGAGAGGGGUGCUGCUAGUACUGCUAGUGGUGAGGAAAUGCUGGCCUCUUCAGCAGCGCCUGUUGGAGAAAGCAAAGAUGUCAAAUUGCGAAGAACGGAGACUGGUGUUACUGGUGGUGAGGAAAUGCUGACCUCUUGCUCUUCGGGGCCUGUUGAUGAAUUUCAAGAAGAAGAAGAAUCUAGACAGGAGGAGCUUUGGAUUGGUAUUGAGGUCGAAUCAGAACAAAAAUCGGAGAAGAACGUUUACUAUGACCAAGACCAAGGAAUGUGGAAAUGUCGAAACUGCUGUUGGACCUACCAAAGUGGAUGUCCUUGGAUUGAUCACACUCAACAUUCUAAGUGGCACUUACAUAUGCCGAUGAAUCCCGAAUCUGUAAAUCAAUGGGGGCGAUGUUUCUUUUGUGAAACUGAAGGUACCGAAACAAUUUCUGGAUAUUCUGUGACUGAUAAUAGCGGUGUGCGAGGUUCUGCUUCUGAGAAACUUUUUGGAGAUGAUGUAUUAGUUGCCACAUUAACAAAAGUUGAGAGCCAGAGAGAUGACAACUUCACUGGUUUUGGACUUCAGCCCUCUGAAAAAUCAUCAGAAGAACAUAGAACAAAUAAGUCUUUGACAGAUAUAACAGAAUCACAUGAUGAGAUUCAGUUAAUCGAGGAGAUUGAUAACGAAUUGACAGAAUUUGAUGUUGAGAGAGUGUUAGAGAAGCAGGAUACACAUGAUCUGUACUGUCCUAAUUGCAAUUCUUGCAUUACCAGAAAGGUUAUUCUUCGUAAAAGAAAACGCAAAAUUCGAAUUUCUGUUGACGAUCCAAAACGUUACAAAUUGGAAACGGAAGUUGCAUCUGAGUUAGAUGGUAUUUCUGUCCAUGCAACCAAAGCAGCUGAUAUUUCCUUGGCCGGUAGCAUGGAGCCUGCUGCCGAUGAAUAUGAUCAUGUGAGAGAGCCAAAGGUUUUCAGAUGCUUAUCAUGCUUCAGCUUUUUCAUACCUUGCGGUGAGGGUUUUACGCUAUUCAAGAUAUUUGGAGAUAAAAGUGGCAAGAAAAAGAUGCAAAGUCCUCAACCGAUACCUGUGGUGGAGAAAAAUUGGCUAUUCUCUAUUUUUGCAUCGCGUAAGGAAGAAAUGUUGAGUGAGCAAGGAAGCGGCGGCAAAAUGUAUGUGGAAGAAAAUAUUGUUGCCGCAUCAAAACAAGAAGUUGAAUCACCUCUUCUAUCUUUUGGUGCUCAAGGGCAUGUUCAAAUUAGUACUGAUGAACAUCAGAACGGUGGGGUUAGCAUUGUACCUCCAUCAGCCCAAGGCCCCAAAUUGGUUGCGGAACCUAUAGCUGUUGAUAUAAUCAAAAAAGGUGCAGAGGGGGCUGCAUUCGACAAUCUUGAUUUCGGUAGGGUCCACCAGUUGGAUUCAUCAAGUUCUUUGAAUGAAAUGCUUUGGGGAAAAGGAAGUGAUCAUCUAGCUACUCAACUUGCUGGGAGAACUCCAGUUCAAACUGAAGAACCUGCUGAAAAUGAUGUUCAUAAACCUCAACUAGGUGGACUAAAGAUUCCAGUUCAUUCAAGUCCAGAAUCUUUAACUCAAGAUAAACCAGGGAAGGAUGAAAAACUCAUUUUGGCAAUGGAAAGGAAUACAGCAGGUGCAGCUGUUGAAGAUUCAAAAUUGCAAAAACCAGUUCCAGUACUCGAAGGGUCAGAUAUCACUGGGAAAGGGAAUAUUUUACCAGACUUCCCUGCUGAGAAAAGGCAAAAUGUUGGGGCCACACUUCCCAUCAGCUCUGUAGUUGAAGCUAGAAAUGUGGAAAUCAAAAUAAGCCGUAAUGGAACAGCAUAUCCUUCUGAAGUUUCUCAGCAUUCCAUAAAUGGCACCAAAGUGAACAUUCAAAUAGAAGAGACCUUGAAAUCUGAUAAGGCCCAUAAGGGUGCCUUAAGUCUACCAGUACAGGAUGCUCAGUUGCUUCAAGGCACACUAGCCAACAUUACAAAAGAUCCAGCUAAAAGCAGUGCAAGUAAGAAACAUCCCUUCAAGACCUCUAUUAUCCUAAUGAAUGCUUAUGUUUUUUUUAUCUCAUCCAUACUAAUUCCUUGUUUAGACUCACAGUGUCAAAUUAUUGUGGUAUCACUCUAUGUCGCAGGUCCAGCAGAUACAAUCAUUACAAUAGAAGGACCAGUUGAGACAACCAGCUCUCAGGAAGCGCAAGAUAUUAUUACUUCACCAGACAUAGUCCCAUUAAUACCACCUCGGAGUGCUGAAGCUGGAGGAUCCCGUGGAGUGGAGAUAAUAAAAAGCAUAGUAUAUGGUGGUCUACUGGAAUCAAUCACUAGCCUAGGUAUUGUGUCGUCUGCAGCCGGUGGUGAUGCCUCCACAUUAAAUAUCUUGGCUUUGGGAUUGGCUAAUCUCGUCGGGGGACUUUUUGUCAUUGGUCAUCAUCUUUGGGACCUGAAAGAUGACCAUCCAAUCGAAACGUCCGAUCAAGUAACCACUCAGAAAAAUCGGUACCAAGAACUACUGGGUCGGAGGCAGAAUUUCUGGCUUCAUGCAACUGUUGCCAUAUUAUCAUUUCUCAUUUUCGGCUUAGUACCUCCGGUAGUUUAUGGCUUCACAUUUCGUGUGAGUGACAACGUGGACUAUAAGCUCAUCUCGGUUGCAGGAGCUUCUCUUCUCUGCAUCAUCAUACUUGCUAUCGGAAAGGUUUACGUCCAGAGUCAAAGGACACCAAAAGCUUACCUAAAAACCAUAACCUACUAUGUCGUCAUAGGUUUUAUGGCAUCAGGUGUUUCUUAUGCAGUUGGUGAUCUAAUCAAGAUUCUCAUGGCCAAACUCGGUUGGUUCGAUUCUACUCUAGCUCUAACUUUUCCCAUUCCUGGGGCAGCGACACCUGUAGAGCCAGCUUGGGGAUCCUAUUAGUGGUCACGGAGUUUCAAAACCAGCAUUGUUUCUGAAUCUUGCUUGGGGCAAAGCCUCAGCGCUGAAUGUUGAAGAUUAUGCAUUUCGGGUUGAAGCCACAGCUUUCCCAACGGCCCUUUUUUUCCCCCACUUUUUGAGGUGGAGGUGUUAGUUUCCACUUUCCAGAAUGAAGUUUUUAGCAUCCCCUUUCCAGAAUGAAGUUUCCACUUUCCAGAAUGUAUUUUCCACUGGAUUUGAUAGUCCCAUGGGGAGUGAUAAAUUGUACGAGCGACAAUAAUUCAUCGGGAUGAAUACCAUGAUGCAUUUUUCCUUGGGAAA